AAGCUUUACGAGGAAAAAGACAUUCCCACCGGCAGCCGGCCAACAUUCUUCCCUUGCUGAUAUUCUCAAUGAAUCAAUUCAUCAACAAAACAGAUACGUCAAUGUACAUUAAUCUCCUCGUCUUCUUGACCAAAAUCAAACAUCCUUCUCUCUGCAUCUUCCUGAUACAAUAAUGGAAAGGAGAUUAAGCAGGAAGUCCUCGAGAGGCUCUAUCACUCUGCAAAAGAAGCCAGUAGAAUCUCGCCCACCAAGCAAAACUCAACAAGCACUGGACCUCACAGAUUUCAUGAAUGACAUGUUCUUUGGAACUGUGCACAAUGAUAAGAAAGCUUAUAACUUGACUGGGAGUCGCUUGGAGGACGAAGAAGGAAGCUUCGAUGACAGCACCAGGAGCAACAGCAGCAGGUUAACCGAGGAGUGGCUAGAAGAGGCCAGACGGAUGGUGGCGUCAUCUCCUUCGCGCUGUGACUCGCCUUCCAGGCUCGUUGGGUCACCAAGGUUCGCGGCCAUUCCUGGCAGGUUUUCCUCAUCUUCAUUACUUGAUAGGAGGGAUCCUCUCUCUAGGUCUGCUAGAAGGCACAGAGCAUUAGAAGGCUUCAGUGGAGAGAUACUUACAAAAUCAGCAAAGCACAGCCGUAAUAAAUCAGAAUCAUUAGAUAGCAUGCCUAGCUCUCCCUCAGAGCCAUCCCCUGCAUCACAGGUUCAACAGUGGUUUUCAAACAUGCUCAAACCCUCCAAUCCUCAAUCCCACCAACCCAACGACUCUCCCACCCAUUCCAUUGAUCCAAUGGCCCUAACAGUGCAGCCUUGGCAGCCAACCUACCGCAAGUCCCGCUUCCAAACUGAGCCACCUUCCCAAGGAGUACCAGUACCCUCACGCAGAACUUUCAAGCCAGCCCCAUUACCUGAGACCCAGAUGCUCUCUCCUCCAAAAAAUCUCAUUGAGUCAGCUCACCGGAGAUCAAUAUCAUCCUCAACAUGUUCCCAACCGGAGAAACAGCUCCUGUCUCCACCAAGGAAUGUCGUAGAGUCUGCUCAUAGAAGGUCAAUUGCGAGGUCGACGUGUUCCAUUGAGAAAAUUGCACCAAAGCCUAAUGUAAAUGGGUGGCAGCAGAAUGAAGAGGAGGGCGAACGAGAAGUUAGUCUGAAUGGGUUCCUUAAGAACCAAAGAAUCAAGAUUGAGAAGAUUCUGAAUGGGGAGAUUGAUUCGAAGGCCAAAGUUAUCCUUUCUGGCCCUUCAAACACAGGUACAAGUUCAAUGGUAGCGGCAAUUUGCUAUGCAUGGUUGUUGGAGAAUAGGUUCAUUAAGAAUAAAGGAGAGGGAGGUGGAGAUGGUUAUGUAGUGGUGCCGGUGAUGAAUGUAAGGAGAGGCACAAUGUGGAAGCAAAGGCAGGCAGCAUGGCUCUUCCAUCACGUUGGCCUUGAGGCUACCUCAUUGCUCUUUGCUGAUGAGGUGGAUUUGGAGAGUCUAAUUUUGGCAGGGAAAUUAACCAUCCUUGUGGUUGGACAAGAUAUACUGAAAAAUGAUAAUGAGGUUGGAUCUCAGUGCACUAUUCUUACAGAUAAUUACUGUGAAGAUGCUUAUGAUCUGCUUCAAAACCCAGUGCUCAAAAAGCUUUUGCUUGCAGGUAUCCUUUUAGAUACACAAAAUUUGAAUGCAUCUACUAAAUUGUCAAUGACAAGAGAAGCAGAGGCAGUUCAGUUGCUACAAGUUGGUUCAGUCCCCAAUUAUCGAAAUGCCCUUUUUGAUCAAUUAAUGCAACAUCAAAGGGACAGUUCCUUCCUUGAGGCUUUGCGGUACAACUAUGGAAAGCCCCCUAGUGAGAGUGGUCUCCACAGCACGGCACAGAUGGAGCACAAGGAAGCGGAGGCUAAGUCAACUUCUGUCAAUAACAAUGAAGCCAUUGUACAAAAUUCAGAUAAGAAGUCUAAGGAUGUGAAAAAUGCAAAUCCCAACAGAGACAAACCAAAACCAGCAGCAACUGUGCAAGCAAAUUCUGAUGCCACUCGAGGAAAGAAUAAGUUCUUCCUGGCAAAGUGGUUUGGUUUCGGGAAAUGAUUACAAAAAGUCCGCAUUGAUCAUUUCGCUCAUUGUAGAUUUCAAUGUGGUCAACACCUUAAUUUUUAUGAGAUUAGAGAUAUUAUUUCUUUGCAGAUGUUUCCCUCAAGCUAAGGAUGAUCGAAAUAGCUGAGCAGAUUGUCCUGAAGUCAUAGUCAAAUGGUCAUGGCUGCUAUGCUUAUUCUAUUAUUAUUUUUGUAUCAGACAAUAAUGUUGAAAGAUACUAAUAAUAGUUGGAUUGAUAACAUCAUCUAAUGCUUAUAGCCGUCUUUAUUGAUGAGGAAAAUCUUGUUCUUAUCAAAUAAUUGCAAGAAUCAUACCACUGAAAAAACUGAGAUUUAUGUGUUUCAGUA